AUGGGUCGACAGAUCAGGCCUGCGCGGAUCUACCAGACCGUGAGCCAGGAGCUUACCACCAGAAUCCUCCCCAAACAUCAAUUCCAAGAACCACCAUGGUUCCAGGUCAUGAGAGACAUUCCCCCUUCCGAAAUCCUCACAAGGCCGGUCACGGUAACGGGCACAUCCAACCGCAAGCUCCGUAAGCCGCGCAAUAUUUUUAAACCUCAACCGAUAGUGCACGAGGAGGACUCCUUACGGACGACGUUCUUCAAAGACCACCCUUGGGAGUUGGCGCGCCCAAGAAUGAUUUUGGAAUCAGAUGGCAAGGAUUAUCAGAGAUGCGACUGGUCCAGGGGUCUCCGUCAACCUGGGCUGCCCUUGACCGGUGAAUGCGUCAUUCAGCGGCAGCUUUGGCUCAUGCGCAACAGAUCCCUUCCACGAGCAAAGGCCUACGACACUGCGAGAAAGGAGUUUUACGCAUUGCGCCAAGAGGAGGAGAUCGAGAAGCGCGUUGCCAGGGAGGAGGCGAGACACGUCGGAGCGUACUUUGGCAAGAACAGAUUGCAGAUCGCACAGGAUCUGGAAGACAAGGAAUACGAGGUCUGGAAGGGCUGGGCCAGCCACCAAGCUGUCGCGCUCGAGCAGCAGCGCAGUUCCACCUACGCCACCUUCGGUGAGGAAACAGAGGAAACCCCUGAGGAACCAGCAGCGGUUUGA